AUGAGAGAUAAGCUUACAUUAAUGGCCACUUAAAUAGUGAUGGAUAAUGAUAAACCAAAUUAUAAAACUACCUAAUUAUUUGCUUAGGUACCUAAACCACUACAAAGAUAAUUAGUUUAUCAUCCAAAACCAGAUAAAUAUGAUAUCAUUACUAAUCAUGAGGUAUGUUGUUAAAAUGUUAUUAUUAUUAGUCUAAUUAAGAACGAAUAAAAAAGGCAUCUGCUUUUGAUUAUUGGAAUCCAAUUUCUGAUAAAAAACAUUAAUUAUUCAAUAUUUCUGAGAUUCCUUAAUAUAGAUAAGGCAGUAGAGAUCCUAUUACAUGGAGAUUUAUUUCCUGA